UCAGGAUGUAAAUACGGAAGUGAAGAAAUCGCAUUUCAUUAUUCCCACAGAUUGUCAACUUGUCAUGAAAGAAACAAAAACAUUCUGUUAUUUUGAGUACAUUUGAAGCAGAGAAAAUGACACACAAGCAUGGCAGCUGUUCUGAAAAGAAAUUCACGAACUAGGUCAUCAAAACGAUUCUGUAAGGAAAAAUUUUGCUGUAAAACUGAAAAUACAGAGGCGCAGUACUAUUGUGAGGAGUGUGGCACAGACCAAUGUAUUGAGUGUGAUGAAGCAAUACAUAAAAUAAGUGUCAAGUUUGAAUUUCACGAUAGAAGAAAGAUAGAGCCGCCUCCUUCAGAGGAUUUGUGUCAAAUUGCUAAAGCUCAAAAUUUGCUCGUCUGUGAAGAAGAUAAUUUUGCGGAUUUGAGAUGUGAAGUGUGUGCCUUAAAUUUCUGUUUCAGUUGUUUUGAUUAUUAUCACAAAGGCAGCAGAAAAACUCACAAAAAAAUCUUCUUCAAGGAAUUCAGACAAAGACAAUUGCAGGACCAACUGAACAAUCAUAUUAAACCUUCUAGUCCAUUGCAGGGCAGUGAUGACAGCUUAACAUUUAUGUCAUGUCCACAAUUGCAAGACCAGUACCCCGAUUUUAGUUCACAGCAAACACAAAUAUCUGAAUUAAAAUCAUAUGACAAUAUUCAGAACGAAAGCAUGAACUCAUUUAGCAGUGCUAAAUCUGAUCAUAGUCAACCAAGUAGCAUUCCAGAUAUUUGUUUAUCAGCAGGGAGUGAAAUGUCCAACAUUGAAGCUCAGCUUGCAGAGAGCAUCAUAGAUCUAAAUGAUCCAUAUGAUGACACUAAGAGCUUUAUGUUGAUAAAUGACCAAGAAGUCAUACAGAUUGAAGAUGAAGAAGAGUUCGCCCAGCGCCUCGGAUGUGACAACAAUGAACUCGUUAAAGUUGUCUCAAUAUUUGGUAACACAGGAGAUGGCAAAUCAUUCACACUGAAUCACACAUUCUUUGGAGGUAAAGAAAUUUUUAAGACCUCUUCACACCAGUCUUCAUGCACUGUAGGAGUUUGGGCAGCAUUUGACCCGAAGGAAAAGGUCAUUGUCAUAGACACAGAGGGUCUACUAGGAAUUACAUCCAAUCAGAAUCAAAGGAUGCGCUUACUGCUGAAGGUUCUAGGAAUAUCUGAUAUCAUCAUUUACAGGUCCAGAGCAGAACGAUUGCACAAUGAUAUGUAUCAGUUUCUGUGUGAGUCCUCUUCAGCCUAUACCAAGCAUUUCUCUGAGGAACUAGAGGCCACUGCUAGGAGGUGUAACAAGUGUGUGGCCGAUCUGACUCCAGCUGUCAUUAUAUUCCAGGAGACGGUCAACACUAAUGUUCUAACUAACUCAGGUACAGACUCUGCUGAGAAAUUUAUCUGGAAUACAUUCCGUCAACUUGAGUGUACUAUGCAUUUUAAGGACCUGACCUAUGUGGGGGUAAGGACACAGAGACCCCCCACAGACUUCUCCAGGUUCCAGACCGUCAUGUCUCAGCACUUAUCAGACAAGACAAAUCGCGCAGCUCGCAAACCAGCAAUAGUCUUCAAAACCCUCAAGAACCUGAAUGAGAAGUUCAAUGGAGAGGUGGAGAAGCCGGCGUAUGGGACAUUUCCUGAUCAGCUGUUUUCCUGUUCCAUGAAAUGUCUGUCAUGUGGGGAGGGUUGUACUAGGAGUAUGAACCACGACACAGACACUGAACCCCACGAAACUGACAAGAGGUGUAAAUAUCAGCAUCAGUUUGAGAACAAAGUCUAUUUGUGUAAGUCCUGUUACUUGUCUGGUAAAGAACAUGUUGUCAUACCAAAAACUUCCGAAUCAAGAGACAGUGCAUGGAGUGGGCUUAUCAAAUAUAUGUGGGCAGGAGAGGUACUGGAGUGCCCCAGUUGUGGAGUGAUAUUUCGAAGUCGUCAGAACUGGUAUGGCAAUAAAGACGUGGAAGAAAUUGUUCAUACUGAAAUACGUCAUGUAUGGCCUGACGGUUAUAAGAUGUUACAAGGAACCAACAAUGCUGCUCGCAAAGUGAUUGAUAGUUUCCACUAUAUAGCAGACUCCAUCACUAGUGUGGGAUCUAAACCUACAAAGAUGAUCUCAGAUUGGAUGAAUGAUCGCAUUGCUCCUGAGUACUGGGUUCCAAAUUCUCAAAUUUCUGAGUGCCACCAGUGUUCUAAGGAGCUAGAGAAUGAGCAGAAACACCACUGCCGAGCUUGUGGUAAAGGUUUCUGUGACGACUGUAGUUCCCAACGGCGACGUGUUCCAGAACGAGGCUGGGGGGAAAUGGUUGUCAGAGUGUGUGACAAAUGUUACGGUGGGAAAAAAUUGUCAGAUUCAAAUGAUAGCACAAGAAGUAAUUCUCAGGUCACUGCUAGAAAGGUGGGAGAGGUGGUAACCUCAGCUAUCAGUGUCGCAGCAUCUACACUUAAUUACCCUAUAGGUAUGAUUAAAGACACAGCUAGACCUGCAUAUUGGGCUCCUGAUGAAUCGAUCAAAAUGUGCCAUGUCUGUGAAGAAUUAUUUGGCCCCAAACUUCGGAUCCACCACUGCAGAGCUUGUGGACAGGGUGUCUGUGAGAGCUGCUCUCCUAACAAGCGCCCUGUUCCAAUGAGGGGCUGGGAUUACCCGGUCCGCAUUUGUAGGAAGUGUGAGAACAAAAGGGACCACUUGUAAACAUUGUCAUCCAUUCAGCCACAAGUUUAUUUCUUGUUUUCUAAAUAAACAAAAUGCAGUAAUUUACCUUUACUAUGAGGGAGGUAUAAAUGACAGAUUGCUAUUGAAGAUGUGGCUAGUUUGAGGUUGUAACUUCUGCGAGCAUCGUUAUUUUACAUCUCAUUAUGACCCAGGCUUUAUUGUUAAUUUUAUUUUCCUUUUUCUAAUUCAAGGAUACAUUAUUUACUUUACAGGUUAUUUUAUGUUCAGGUGCUAAGGUAACAGUUAGAGCUAUCUAAGCAUUUUUUAUCUGCUAUUGCAAAUUUGAAAGUACAUGCACAUGUUUCAAGAAAAUGUGCUGUUUUUGAUAAGUAGAUCUGCUAGAAAUAAUUAUUGCAGAUUCAAGACAUGGAAUUAUUUACUGUUGAUUAAAACAUGUUCUCAUGUAUGCCUUCUUCAGGAUUAUGUAUAGUAUAAAGUAGGAAGUAUGCUAUUCAUGGCAUAGUUACAAGAUUUAUAUAUAAUAGGCCUUAAAUUGGUUCUGUGAGUAUUUUAACUCAUUUUUCUCUGUAACUAGACAAAGUUAAGGUCAGGUGUCAUGUUCCUCAAAUAUAUCUUUUGUAUUUCUUGGUAUUACAUAAAAUAAUUAUGCAUAUUUGUCAUUCUCUUGCAAUUUCUACAUUGUUUUCAGUACGUUUUUAGAUAUACCAGUAUAAGUACAUCAAAAAUUGUGAUAUAGGUCAUUCAGAUGAUGACCGUUAUGUGAUAUAUAAGAAAUAUCACCCUGUGGUAUCUUGUCCAAAUGCCUGGUAAGGUACCCUAAUUUGUUGUGAGGAAACUUGUUUAAGAACCUAAACUUCAAUGACAAAUUCUUGGGAAAAAUUAUGUAUUUUUAAGGAACGUGUGGUCUGACCUUAAAAGAAACGUAGAUUGCUCUGAGGCAAAUUUUCCUUCUGAGUUAUUCCCCUUGGCCUAACCUUGGAUGUCAAACAAGGUGGCAAAGUCUCCUCUUUAAGCACCAAUCAAACAUGCAUGGCAAAAACCUUUACAGUGUUAAACUUGUAAAUUAAUGAAGGCUUUAUAAAAUGUGUAUUCAUCAGGAAAUAGUGCUAACUACACCUAAAUGUCCAGUAUGACAAGUUUAAAUUGGAUGAAUGUUAUGAAAUCUUUGGCUGUUGACUUCCAAUAGGGCUGCAAAUGGAAAAUAACUCUUAUUGUUUCAAUCGAAAGAGUCCAUAUUCACUGUGGCUAAUGCUGGUUGUAAUUAGAAAUUGCAAAUUUUAAUCAUCUGUGCCAUUUUCAGUUGGUAAAGGGUAUACAUUUAUAUGAUUGUAUUUAUACUCAAGGUACUUCAACAAUAUGUUUGUGGAAACAAAUCUUUUCAAGUGUUCUGAAUGAGGAAGAUGUAUACAUGUAUUAAACCCAGGUCAUAUAAUGCAUCUGAUAAUUAUAAUGUUCUUAGCUAUGAGUAAGAUUCAGUGUCAAACUUGAGAAAUCAGUUCAUUUACAUAUACAUGGAAAUUCAAUGCAUUUUAAUGAAUAUGUCAGUCUAGAUGGUGGUAAAAAAGUAGUAUCUUUAUAUUUAUUUUAUUUCAUGUAACUUUCUGAUGAAUGGAAGUAAAGUAAAGUUUGUUAGCAUUUAUGAAACAGAAUGUGGUCUUUUGUUUGAUAUUUGUAUCAUUUUUUUUCCAUGUAGAAAAAGACUUGAAAUUCCUUAAUCAAAUUACUAGAAGAAAAGAGAUAGGUCAUGAAUUGACAAUAGUGCGACUCCCCCCUCUCUGUAAAUUUUCUCAAUAAAGUGUGCUCUUCUGGAAUUAGCUGGAAAUUUAAACUUUGCUUUUUGAUUGUUGAUUAGUUUGUGACCUAUGUGUUUUGUACAACUUUUCCUGGACCCAAUAUAGCUGUCUUGUUCUGUGAUACCGAUGUGCAAUGGAUCCUUUAAUUUGUUAGUAUGCUGUAUUGAUUCAUGUUUUAGAACAAAAUUAAAUCAUUUUCUGUA